GCCCGAAAUUGUCUGCAAUUUCAGAAAUGAGCAGACCAAACUCUUUUCUGGCUAGGGGCUGACUCCAUGUAAGCGCGGCUAUUGGCUGGAGCUUGUACUCCACUGUUGCAAUAUUGCUAGCGUUAUGUUCAUGUCAGGCACCGUGCUGCACAGGAUCGCGACAUGCAUCGCUAGCACGGCAACACUCUUGGUUGAAGCUGGUGGGGGCGAGAUCAUGACUUUUCUUGGCUCUCCCGUUCCGUCUUUGUUGGUGUUGGUCGAUGGUGUCAUCGCGUGGUUUCUAGCCUGGAGCGCUGGGGUCUUUUUGCUUUGCUCUUUUCAGGCAGUGUCUUUAGUGGGAGAUGCGCUACACUGCACUACAAGGACAAGCCAGACCACCUACCUCCCUCCGCUGUGCUAAAAACUCGGUCCUUUUUUCGUUGCUUCGAACUGGAACUCAAGAAGCCACCCAAUCUUUGCUUGCAUAGGACCGUACAUAGGUACCGUUUUUGGUUUUUCAUAAUGCUUCGUCUCCCCCAUAUGCCACGUUUUUUUUUUUUGUGGUUUACCC